GCUGGAGGACGGGAACACAGGCCAUGUUCCGCCGGAAGCGACUGGAAUGUUCUAUUCUUUUCGUAGCGCCGAAGCGUCGCUCGGAAGACGUAUAUAAGUCGCACGAUAACGCGAUUUGGUUACUACUCGGCGGGAAUCUGUGGGAAAAGGCGCUGUUUGCUCCGUUGUUAUGAUGGAGGGAGGAAGAGUACGCAAUAGCAGGGUGUCGUCCGGGAUGCUUCCGUUGCUUGCUCUGCACGCGGUCACCGAGUACUGGAGGCUUGACCGGAAGCCGCCUGUCACCGCCGGGCUUAUCGCCGCGAACACUCUCGUUUAUUUGAGGCCUGCUUUCAUCGAUCGUCACCUUCCUACGAUCGACCAAGUCUGGUUCAAUCCCUAUCUGAUAGUCAAGCACAGGGACAUGAAGCGCUUUGUCUUGUCAGCUUUCUACCAUUUGAAUGAUCCUCACUUGGUAUACAACAUGCUAUCACUCUUGUGGAAGGGGAUCCAGUUGGAGACUUCCAUGGGGAGUUAUGAUUUUGCUACUAUGGUGGUUUCACUACUUGGUUUGUCCCAGGGGACUACACUAUUACUUGCCAAAUCCCUUUACCUGUUCUUUGGUUAUGAAAAAGCUUACUAUCAGGAGUAUGCUGUUGGAUUUUCUGGCGUUCUCUUUGCCAUGAAAGUUGUUCUCAAUUCCCAAUCAGAUAACUACACUAACGUUCAUGGCCUGAUGGUACCGGCGCGUCAUGCAGCCUGGGCAGAAUUGAUUCUCAUCCAAAUGUUUGUACCGGGGACCUCUUUUCUCGGCCAUCUGGGCGGGAUACUGGCUGGUAUAUUCUAUGUCAAGUUGAAAGCUUCAUACUCUGGCUCGGAUCCACUGGCAGCUAUUUUCAGAGGUUUUACUGGUCUAUUGAGCUGGCCUUUAAGAUUCGUGAUGGGCUUUUUCACACUCAGAAGGCGACGGAUAACGGGUGGGGGAACUGUUGGUCGAGGUCAGAGCACAUCUGGCGUUUGGAGAUGUCAAGCGUGUACGUUCGAUAAUUCUGGGUGGCUGAGUGUGUGUGAGAUGUGCGGGACAAGCCGUGGCGGCGGUGAUGGACUUUUGUUUUUUGGGUCAUCAAAUGAGACUCAAUCUCAUGACCUGUCGUUGGAAGAAUUACGUCGGAGAAGGGUUCAAAGAUUUAGUAGUAGGUGAUGCAAUUCAAAUGGAUUAAUCAUUCGAAUAUAUAGCGGUGUUUUAGGUUUGUGUCUUUUCACGUAAGUGAGAGAGGAUGUGGAUUCUGUAGCUCAUCGCAUUCGCAGUAUAUAAUCUAGGUUCACUUCUCUCCUUAUCUGGCAAUGCAUUUAUCUUUCAACAA